AUGAAUGUGAUAUCUGAGAAAGCAGUGACAUAUGAGGACAUUCAUGUGAACUUUACUCGGGAAGAAUGGGCUUUGCUGGAUCCUUCCCAGAAGAGUCUCUACAGAGAUGUGAUGCUGGAGACCUACGGGAACCUCACUGCUGUAGGCUAUUACUGGAAAGACCACAGUAUUGAAGAAAAUUGUCAAAAUUCUAGAAGACAUGGAAGCCAUCUUCAGUGGAAUGAAAGAAUUCACACUGGAGAGAAAACCUAUGAAGGUGUACAAUACAAAGAAGGGUUUGCAAGUCACAAUGAUCUUCAUACACAUAAAAUCACACUUACUGAAGACUUUGUUCACUACAGCCAUCUGAGAUGCCAUAGCAAAAGUCAUACUGGAGAGAAACCCUAUGCAUGUAACCAAAGUGACAAAGCCCUUGCUCAAUACGACCAUCUUCAAAACCAUACAAAAACACAUACAGGAAAGAAGCCCUAUGAAUGCAACCAAUGUGGUAAAGCCUUUUCAUGGCAAAUCUCUCUGCAAAACCAUGAAAAAACACAUACUGAAGAGAAGCCCUAUGAAUGUAACCAAUGUGGUAAAGUCUUUUCAUGGCACAGGUCUCUGCAAGCCCAUAAAAAAACACAUACUGGAGAGAAGCCCUAUGAAUGUAACCAAUGUGGUAAAGCCUUUUCAUGGCACAGGUCUCUGCAAGCCCAUAAAAAAACACAUACUGGAGAGAAGCCCUAUGAAUGUAACCAAUGUGGUAAAGUCUUUACAUGGCACAACUCUCUGCAAGUCCAUAAAAGAACACAUACUGGAGAGAAGCCCUAUACAUGUACCCAAUGUGGCAAAGCCUUUGCUGAAUAUGGGUAUCUUCAAAGACAUAAAAGAAUACAUACUGGAGAGAAGCCCUAUGAAUGUAACCAAUGCGGUAAAGUCUUUUUAUGGCUCAGGUAUCUGCAAGACCAUAAAAGAGUACAUACUGGAGAGAAGCCCUAUGAAUGUAACCAAUGUGGCAAAGCCUUUGCCCUUUACAGUGAUUUUCAUCUCCAUACAAGAACUCAUACUGGAGAGAAGCCCUAUGAAUGUAACCACUGUGGUAAAGUCUUUUCUUAUUACAGAAAUCUUCUAAUCCAUCAAAGAACACAUACUGGAGAGAAGCCCUAUGAGUGUAACGAAUGUGGUAAAGCCUUUGCUUGUCAGAGCAAUCUUCGAAGCCAUAUAAGGACUCAUACUGGAGAGAAGCCCUAUGAAUGUAACCAAUGUGGUAAAGUCUUUUCAUGGAAAAACGCUCUUCAAAGCCAUCAAAGAACACAUACUAAAGAGAAGCCCUGAGUGUAACCAAUGUGGUAAAACCUUUGCUUAUCUCAGUGAUCUUCAAAGCCAUACAAGAACACAUACUAAAGGGAAGCCCUAUGCAUGUAACCAAUGAUGUAAA